UUCAGAAACUCCUGGCAGCUAUUCAUGUGGGCUUUAAAAAACGUUUGAAAGAUUCCAAUUUUAUUUUCAGGCACCAAGAAAAUAUUCUACCAUACUCGGCACUCCCAUUCUAUAAGCCAGACCUUUACUUCGCGGUGAAAAUGAAGGCUUUGUAUCCUAUAUUUUUUUUAUUUAUGUUUGCGGCAUGGGUGGGUUCGGAACAACUUAAAGAAGAAGAAGUAUUCAAACUUUAUGACGAGGCCUUUGGAGGAAAACCAUUCGCCAAGUUUGAAGAUAAUACCCGGGAAACCGAAAAUACUAAGCUACAAGCAGGAGUCAUAAGCAGUACAGCAGCUGAUCGACUAAUUCGAAAAAUCAGGGCUCCCGAAACUACUUCCGCAGCACAUACUGAUUUGCCUACAUGUUUACUGUGCGUAUGCCUUAGUGGUUCAGUAUACUGUGAAGAAACCGACAUAGAUGCAGUUCCUCCUCUGCCAAAGGAAACUGGCUAUCUAUAUGCACGCUUUAACAGAAUCAAAAAGAUAAAUGCAAAGGAUUUCAGUGAAAUCACUACCUUGAAAAGAAUCGACCUCACUGGAAAUUUGAUAGACACAAUUGAGGAGGGGGCAUUUUCAAAGCUGCUACUCCUAGAGGAACUCACACUGGCAGAAAACAGGCUAACCAAACUUCCAGCUCUGCCUCCAAAAUUAAUUCUGUUCAAUGCAAACCACAAUCAGCUAAAAAGCAAAGUGAUAAAAGCAAAUUUUUUCAAGAAAUUGACUAAUCUGGUAAGCCUGUAUCUAGGAGAUAAUGCCCUGGAAAUGGUGCCUCCAAAUCUUCCAGAGACUCUGCGUACAAUUCACCUUCAGAAUAAUAAUAUAACUACUGUCACAGAUGACACAUUCUGCAAGUCCAAUAAUACACGCUACAUCAGGCAUGCACUGAAUGAGGUUAGACUUGAUGGUAAUCCCAUUUUCCUGGCAAAAUUCCCAAACAGCUUCACUUGCUUGAAAAAUCUGCCAUCUGGGAAAUACUUCUGAAGGAAGGAAAUGUUGCCAUUCUAACGGAAGUACGGAAAACUGCCAAGGAAUCUCUGGGAGAAUGAGUUUAAGAAAAGGCAAAGCUUCUGCCAUAACUAAAUGAUCUUGGAAUAACCAGUAUGCACAGUACAGCUAAAAUGAAGAAGCUUCCCAUUAAGGUAUCUUCUGGAAAAAUAGGUGCUUUUCUUGUUUAAGAAAAUUAUUUUGAACCGAUUGUAAACAAAACUUUAUAAAUAGCAACAAUGUAAUAAUUAUUAUACUCUUUUCAUCAAGGGUUAGCCAGUAUCCCUGUAAUAAGCAUGAGCAAUAUGGAAAGAGAUUAAAUAACUUGAAAGUCAUGAUAACAAAUAUUAACUUGAUUUUUGUAUUUCUUUUCCAUCUUGUUAGCACCAUCUUUUUUAAUGUGUACAGCAGUCAUUAGGAUGUAAAAAUUUUGUAUUUGAAGUUCAGACAAUAAGAAUGUACAUAUGGCAGCAUAUGUACAUCAUGGCAUUUAUGUUAUGUUCACACUACAAACCAGUGACUGAAGAAAGUCUGAUGUAAUGCCAAAAUAUGCAUAUUUGCACUUCUGUGCAGACUGAAACCUUAGUAGCAAUAUAACAAAUACCAAAAAAGGCACACCUUUAAGAGUUCUAAAUAAUUGGUUUAUUGCAGUACAGAAACCAGUGGUUAAUGCCGACCACUUCAAGAAAUUACACUAAUUUUUUUAUUUCUGCGAGAGCAAACAAUGCAGUACAUCAUACAGUCACUUGUGCUGUGUGUGGGCUGUAUCAGCAGUUUAACACACAAUUCAAAUGUUUAUCGUGUAUUUUAGUUUAACGCAAUGAAUUUCUACUAUCCUGCAAGUAAAUAUAAGGAAAUGUAAUUUUACAAACUGAAGACCAUGGUACUAAGAGAUAAAUACGUGCUUCAAGUUCUCUCUCUAGAUUCCAUAUAGUCCUGUAGUAUAAAACACAUGUAACUAACAUGAAACUGUUACUGCAAGUGACUUUGUAAAUGACAAAUUUUUUUGGCAAUCGGAGGUUCUGUGAUUCAUUAAUAUGCCAAGAUAAACAAGAAACACAAACAUGCAGCUCAGACUCUGCAACAUAAAUUAAAUUUUAAAGGAUGCUUCUGACCAAACAGCACUUGUCUGAACUUCAUACUUGAAUUCUGUCUGAUGUUGCAGCAAUCUUUUAGGCUUAGAAAAAGAACUGUAGUAAGACUGAAGGUAAGAACACAUUAAACUGUUAAGAUGACAGGUGCAUACCUAUGAUGCCACAGAUAGUACAAACCGUGAGACUAGUAGACAAGCUAUUUACAAAUGAAAGUCAUGCAGCAACUUGUGUGGGUACUUGACAGUCCUGUUUAUUUGUUAAUGAGAACUUGUGAAACAUUGCAAACUUAGUAAAUCCAAUUCUUAUGACAUCCACUUCAGUGUCAGCAGGGUUUAGCACUUACUUAAUAAAAUGUGUGACUGAAAAAAAUGGAACUGGUAGAGGAGGAGUACCCUGGCAGCAAAACAAAUAGAAGUGGAGGAAUCAAAGUAAACUGGUGAUGGUGGGUUGUACCAGCGAACAACACAGAGGAGUAAACGCAUUGGGUAUAUCACAAAGAUUUAUAGACAUCCUGCUGUGUGUAUAUUUGGUUUUAAAAAACUCUGAAUGCUGACAGAAAAAUUCCAAGCUUGCAUGAACUUGUACAUUAUAUAUUUAAUUUGUUUACUGCAACAAAAUAUACAUCAUCUAAAACAACUUCACACGCCUGUUUGCACUGCUUCCUGUCAGAGAACGUUGCUGACCUUCAGGACCCUACUUUUGUAUGCACAGAAACAUCCAUACGUAUUCAUAGUACAGCUCUCAUAGUGUGCCAAUUCAUUUUGACAAGAAACUUUUCAAACAAACCAUCUGCAAAACUUAGAUGGUACACUCUACAGGAUAAAACUACCACCACGUUUGGUCACUCUUCCCUUUAUGGUACCCACAAUGAUAUCCAUCACAACUGUCAAUUACUUUUAAGUUUUUAUAUACUUUACUUUGAACUGGUAUAAUGGAAAGGACAACAACGGCUUGUUUCUGCUACAAAAUACAAGAAGAAAAUUGUAUGAGCAUCCAGGCAACAAGAAAAUCAAAAAUCUUGCAAUGGUAAACAGAAAACAUAUCAAAUGUGUACUAAUGAGACAAUUCAGUACUUCACUGUGUCUUAUCUUCCCAUUCAAUGUGUAAAACACUCAGUACAACGCAUCUAUGUGGCUCCUGAGGCAGAGUUUUCACUGUUUACAUUCUCAUACAAUGUCUUUGGAAUGGCUACACCUGGACUUGGACUUCCAUCUAAUACACAUCUGUCGGAAUAUGAUACCACCUCCUUUCUAAUGCCGGGGAAACCCUUCUUAUUUACUGUUAACCUUGAAUUCCUCCCAUCACACAUUUUUUACAUAAUUCGCAAUUCUUUAUGUAACUCUUACCUGCCGUGAUUUACAUCUCUUCAGCUUUUUAAUAUUGCUGUACAGAGCAUCUGCUCUGUUAGUGUAAGAAUUAGUUUCAAUUCUGAAGGAACAAGUUGCGCAUCUGCAUUCCCACUAGUCCCAAGGAUCCCAGGGCCUUGUCACCACAAAGUUGAACUGAUGAAUGACCACUGGAAUCGUUCUCCCUUAGGUCUUAUAAAAUGGCUUCUUUUCCAUAUCGACAUCCAGUCAACUGAUAUAUGUAGGCACUUGUCUCCACAGUUGACUUCACACUCAUUCAUUUCUCUCUACCACUUUUUCAGUUUUGCUUCUGGCAUGAACAUGAGGAACACCUAAGCACUACAACCAAGUCAUUUAUCAAGGUAGCAGAGCAACUCCCUUGGCUCUCCAACUAAACUGCAUCAACCCAGACUCCAUAUGCCUCACUUUAAGCCAGUAGAGAUGUAACCAAGGACAUCCAAGGACACAUCUGCAUUUUUACAGACAUGAGACAAUAUUUUCCUCAAGGUUCUAAAUAACUCUAAACUAAAACUGCCACCUAGAAUCAGGUAUGUUCCUUGUUAAUGCUAUUGGCUUAAACCAUUAAAAGUAAACCCACAAUGCUUCCCAUACCGUUAAGUCAUACUACUUCUGUGUAAGAGACUUUAUACCCCGUACAACUUUAGCUGCUUAUCCAUGGAUAAAGGAUCUACUGAAGGGAAUGACUAUAAAUAUCUGCAAAUCCUUCAGCUGAUACCUUCCUAAAUGUUGUCAUCAUCCACAGCACUUGAUGUAAUUUUGUUAGACUGUCAGUGGAGAGGCCAGUCAGUUAGACUGUCAGGCCUUCUUAAUAAACCCUAAUUUAAUUCACAGAAAAUGGCAUCAUAGUGUCAGGCAUACUGAUUUUAUUUAAAGGGCUAAUGUAAACUUCAGCUUUUGAUAAUCUUUCUGAAACGGUCUUAAUUCUUGUGUACGCUCAACAGACUUUGCCUGGUUCACAAACAACAACAGAAUCAAAUAAUGACCUGCUGUUUUUGAUCUGGCACACAAGUUGGCCAUCCACUGCAAUAACAUGUUGAAUUGUUUAGAAAAAAAAACACAAAAGGUCAGGGCAAACCCAUCUCCAAGAGGUAAUUGCAUAAUACUCCACUUCACACGUUAUACCCAGUUAUGUCUCUGUCCUUGCGGUGCAGAGAAAGUAGCCAAUAUGCUGCUUUGAUAUACAUUUUAUCUAAUAUUGCUCCUUCAGCAUCCUCUCAAUGCCUGCAAGGCAUUUUUAAAUGUAAUGCAAGAUACUGCAAUGCUCUUCUUCAAAAUUGUAAUACUAAUGAAAUAACUGUCAGAGAAAAGUAUUUAUUUAAUGGCUAUGAUGAGUGCAAAUGUCCGGCUAGGAUAUAAUCACUUACACUGGAGGUCUAGAAAGUAAAGUUCUCAAACAAACAGAACUGCUACUACAGUAAAUCAAAAAAUUCAAAACAUCUGGCUCAGGCAGGCACAAAGAAUAAGAAUUAGGUAUUGUUAAACUUCAGAGAAAGAAGCAAAGUAAAACAUAACUUAUAUACUAACAAUAUCUAAACAUUUUUACACUAAAAUAUUAGUGUUUAGAUACAUGGAAGAAAGCGAGACUGUGGUGGUGGUGGUGCUGCGGUAGCGUUGUCGCCUCACAGUUAGACGUUGCACGUUUGAUUCUCAGUUAGAGAGCCUUCUGUGUGCCGACAUGCAUGAAUGGGCGUUCCUUCAUUGAAGGUUGUGAGUUAGGCCCGGCAAGCCAGCACGUAAAAAUCUACCACCAAUCAUUAGCGGACCGGAGUUCCGCUGUGGCGACCCCUAACCGGGAAAAGCUGAAAGACUUUUUAGAUACAUGGAAGAAAGCAAAAACAUUAAUUAUCAAAUGAGUAAAAUUCAGCAGAGAAGUAUUCAGCUACAAAGAUCAAUAAACAGAGCCUACUGAGGACAGGUAAAUUUUAAAGAAUGAGAUUAGGCAAGGUACAGGGAGGUGAGAAAGUGAGAUCCAAUUAAGUAAAAAAGUCUCACAGGAGAUGACAAAAAUAUCUAAUCAAAAAGUGAAGAAGACACCCAGAGGGUAUGCAUACUGGAAUGAAAGCUAGAGGAUGGAGUUGUACUUGCUGUCUUCUUAGAUGCAAGAGAUACAGACUUAGCUGGAAGGUAACUCUGCCUUCCCUACGAGUAUUCUAAGGCAGAGAACUUUCAUAUACCUCUACUGCUCCAAAAACUACAUGCCCCAUCCCACCUCACUUUUGUUAUUGAGCUCCAAAGUGAAGGCUGCUGAAGAACAUCUCCUGGCUGAUGUACACAGUAGUUAUCACCAAAUCCAUAUGCUGCCUACAAGAUUUCAACUCUCCUGCUGGGUCUAGGAUUGCAAUGGUUUGCACUGCCUCCCUAACCCCUUAGGAUGGUCACGCUGUCAUCGUCAUGUACUAUUACCUGGCCCUGUCUGUCUCAUUCAGUGCCUGAACCAUUACUUAAAGGGCAUUAGGGCUGUAGUUGGGUCUUUAUCCCUCUACACCACACAGCCAGGCUUGCUAUGUAGCGAUUUAUGAAGCAAUAUGCCACAUGCACAACAAAUUAGGCAGUUCAGAAAUAUCCAGACAUGAGAGUUUGAAAUGAGAUCCACAGUCAGGGAGACCUAGCCCUUAAUAAAAGUACAAAUAAAUAAGCAAACAAACAAUGCAGCAGUGAGGCAUUUCGAAAGACAGAGAGAAAAAUAGACAACAGCAUGAAGUAAGGUAAUACUUUAUAGCAUGGGUACACUGGGAUAAAAAGUAAAAAAGUUGUUUCCUUUCUCUCAAGCAUCAACCAAAAGGUGUAAUCUCUGAAAGAAAAUAUACACAACAAAAUGACUCUCUGAACACUUUCCACUAUGCCAGCAUCUUUUACACAGCAACAUGCAGUAAAUAUUUUUAGUAAAAAGUAAAAACUACUGAAAUUAGCAUUUAAUGUGCUAUUCAGGGGACUCCAGUCCAAGGCUAGAACCUUGCCUGAUAAUCCCAACGGGACUAUAUUAUAUUCUCGAAAGCAGACAAUAUCGAAGCUGAUAUUGUCGACACGAGAAUAUUGAAAGCACACAACAUCAAACGUGUAAACGGAAAUCUCUGUAAGGGGAGAUUUCCAUUUACUGCAAUGUAGUGCUGUCUCGGAGUUGGUAUAUUUAAGUAGCGGGGGGUGCAGGGGGGCUUGCCCCCUUCUUAAACCCAUUAGGGUACUUUUUUCUUUUUUUUUUUUUGGUUGUUUUUAUAAGGUCGAUGUCGACCAUACGGUGUUCAAUGUUUUCAACUGUUGAUCUUAUAAUAUAGACCUCAAUCCCAACAUAUCCAACACCCUAAAAAACAUCACAUUUACUGCAACCGGAGUAAUCAUAAUGGAAUAUUCAGUUCCACAACUGACUACAAAAGAGUAACAUUUCCCAACACAUUUGAGACUGAAAACUACAAAAAUCAAAAGGGAGGCUCACCUCCAUACACUCCCCAGUGGGUGAAGGGUAUGUCUGUCACACCCCCUUCUAUAUUAACUCCAGGACUGUAGCAUUCCAGGUUAAGGAGAAAUCCCAAAGAUACGUUGCUCUUAAUUUUUAAUACACAUCAUAGAAAUCUCACAUUAGAUCCUGUACAAUGCAGUGUCACAACCACAAUGUCUUGCAUUUAAGCCUGGCAUCCAAAAUAGUGUACCCAUAACAGUGUCACUGGAGGAAAUGCUUUAUUAACAAUUAUAGAAAUAGGAAGGGCAACAGUAACAGUGCAAAUAUGAAUAAAGCAUUUUGUAGCCUUGUUUUGCACAAAGACACUGUCAAAAGUGAUUUCACUUGCUGUCAAUACACAUCAUAACAAUUUGCAUCAGAUUUUGAAGCAUGGGACUUGAGAUGUAUGCUAUUCACUACUAUGGGAAGCAUCUGUCUAUGCCAUACACCAUUCAGGUGCCAUCAGUCUGAAUUCCUUCAACUUGGUGUUAAGUGUCACAUACACGAAGAAUCUAAACUCUAAAUUACAUGCAAAAGGCUAGAAAACACAAGCCCCCACCCCCCCUCCAUCAUUAAUACCACUUUUUACAAAUUCAGCUAAUACUUAUGUCUAGGGGUAGCCUGAAAAAGGUAACUUCAGUUAAGUAAACUCAAUUAUAGAAAUAAGGCAUUACUGAAACUUUAAUAGUAACAUUAUUCUAAAUACUAUUAACAACAAUAAUAUGCAUUAAAGAACUAUCCCUUCUACAAAUCUAACUGAUUCAUUUGGGUAACUACUGCUACUAGUUUGGAGAUAAAUUCAAAACAUACUGAUCUGCCUUUUUGAAAACAGGCUGGGCUGUAUAAUAAAGAAAUAUAUAAUGUUUACCACCCGCCAAGAAAACUUGCCUACUGAGCAGCUACAGUUAUUCAGCAAUGGUAUUUAUCUAUCAUAAAGAAAAAAAUAAAACUUCACCCAUGGAUCCUUCUAAGCAAACAUGUGAACCACAAUGUGUAACCUGAUUUUCAAUCUUCAUAUGCACUACUUUAAAUAAAGGUGUUUUACUAUCACCUACAGUUACUACAGUACAAGUCCUACAAAGCCUAUAUUAAAACGAUAUAUCAGCAAACCAGUGCAUGUCCUCAUCAAACUUGUGAACUGAAAUUAAAAUCACUGGGUGUUUUGGCAAACAAUAUUUCUAAAUAUUUUGUGUUGCUAGUUUACAACUGCAAUCAUUAAAGAGGAAAAAGUGCCGAAACCUCCCCAACUCAGUACAAAUGAGCCCCUUCUGAAAUACACAGGCUAACAUACUUGGGAAAAUAAAUGCACUAAAAACACAACUUUAACUAUGAAAUAGAAAGAUUUAUGAUCCUUGUAUUAACAAAUCAUCAAAUUAAGCAGCAUGACCAUGGACUGUAUAACAUUGCUGUACAGUGUCAUGAUUACACUAAGAAAAUCAUUUUUACUCCUCAGCACAAUCAUUCAUUUUUUAUUACAAUGCCUGCACAGACACACAUACAUACAAGAGCGAUAGUUAGCUCCAAACUGAAUUUAAAACAGUCGUUCACAAUGAAUCCACACAGAAAUGAUUCCUGUGGUAAAGAAUAUGUCCUUCUGAACAGCUCUGCAAAUGUCAGUGACUUCUGGAAAGAAUGUAAAAGUUCUACAACAUGUUGCUUACAUAAAAUACAUACAGUAUAUGUUUACAAAGCAAAUAUCUGUGAAAUAAAAGCUCUUUACUAAAUGGUAAAGCAGUUACAAAUCUCUGAAUUUAAACAUUGUAAUCUGUGUGUUUUCUAUAUUCUCUCUUCUACUUUGCAAUGCCAUAUCUGUAUAAGUCAAACAUUUGGUAUGUUAUGCAUUACUAGUACAAUUUUAUUAAUUACAAUAAAGUAAUCAUGAUCCCAAAUGCA